GGAAAUCAGAACUACAUUUCCUGCAAGACUCACUCAAAAAUGAAAAUGACCAACAAAACAACAUGGCAGCAAAAGAUGAUGAAAUUGCACAAAUGGCAAGGGAAAAGAUUACAGCCAUUUAUGGAAAAGCGGGACUGAAGAAAGAUUACGGUGAAUUGGUGGGAGCCAGAGAGGUUCCUGUGAUUCCAGGCACAGGCACGAAGACUCUGAAUUUUGACACUGCCAAAGAACUGUCUGAAAGCAUUGGAUGCUACAUUCGGAGUGACAAAAAAUCAGAGCAGCAGUUCUGGCCUCUGGUGAAGCGAGUCACCAUCUCCUUGCCGAAGUCUCCAGCUCUGCUGGAGGGGAUUGUGCUGGUGGACCUGCCUGGAGCCGGAGACGUCAGUAAAUGCAGAAGCGACAUGUGGAAAGAGUGUCUCAGCCAGUGCUCCUCUGUCUGGAUUGUCAAUGAGAUGAAACGUGCCCUGUCUGAGAAAGUAGCCGAUGAGAUCUUUGAUACAUCAUUGAGAACCAUUGCUGGAGGAGGAGAGUGUCACAAUAUCACCUUCAUCUGCACCCAAACAGAUGACAUCGACCCAGAGAACUUCAGAGAAAAUUAUCAUAUCACAGAUGAGGACCUUGACAUAGAAAGUAACAUUGACAAGGAUGCCCCGGAAUAUGAGAAGAAAGAAAAACAUGCAUGUAUACUGUCCCGUAAUGAGAUAUUUAAAGAAGAAAUCAGUACACUCUUCAAAGAUAAAAUAAAGAAAUUUCUGCUUGGUGAUGAAGACCAUUCAAAUGAGUUCUUUGAUGUGUACACUGUGAGUUCUAAAGAAUUCAAGAGAAUUGCACAAGGGAAGUCAACUGUUCUGGAUCGCAAUGAAACUGAAUUGCCAGCGCUGAUGGAGCACAUUAAGAAACUGUACGUCUCCCAUUUCGAGAAGAAAGUGAAAGAUUAUGUAUCUGAGGUUUCUGGAAUCAUUUCCUAUCUUCACUUUUCAAAGGAUGCUCUCAGUUCAAAGUAUAACAAGAGACUCCAACACAAACAAAUCAUUCUAAACUGUCUCUCAAGCACUGGACCUUCAAGAACCUCAAUCAAAGGGCAAUUUGAAAGUUUCCAAGAGAACUUCAUCACAACUGACCUUCUGAAAUACAACAAGACAAAGAAUGAAGAGAAAUACCUGCGUCUGGUGUACAUUAGAACAGAGCAAAGAAAAGUGCACAGGAAACUGGAGAAGGAAAUCCUACAGAGAAAGAAGCUGAUCUACAAUUCCCUCAGUGAUUCAAUCCGUGACACCAUGAAGCAAACAUAUCAAGAAUGCUCUGACAUCACAGGAAAAGAAUCUUUCAGAAAGAUUCAAGAGAAACUUAAAAGUGCAAUUGAGGUUUUCAAAAAGACCAUGUUCCACAAUGCCAUGAGGAAGAUGCUGGAAGAGUUCAGUGAUCUGCAGAAAUACCUUGUGGAUCAAAUUACGACACAGAUGACAACCGCCUUGAUGCUGGGUCUAAACCAGAUCCCUGAGGACCUGACUGGCCUCCCAGACGUUUCAGAAGAGACUGAGAUGAUGGAGCGAUGCUGUGAGUCUUUGGACCUCCAGGUGUUUUAAGAACCGAAAGAGGAUGAUGGAUCCAGAAGCACCAGAAUUAUCAAACUGAUUUGAGAUCACCGUGGCAACCUGUCUGUGGGUGCUGUCAAAUAUGCAUUCUAUUGAUAACCAUUUUUCUUAUUAUUUCACUGACUAUGUAAUACUUAAUACUUACUGCUUAACUGCACAAGGCCACAGAUUAACAUCUAGGAGUGUUGGUGGAAAGGUGGUCUCAAAUACACUUGCAGCAUCAAUGUUGGCUUUGAAUAACUAGUCAACUUAUCAGUUCAGUAAGCAAUAAUGUAUGUUAAACUAUGUGAUACUAUACUUCUGCUGUCACUCUUUUUAUAAUCUUUAAUCAGAAAACAAUUUUUUCACUUUUUUUAUUUUUCAGUGGAGGCUUAAUGAAAACAUUGAAAAAUUAAUAAUUUGUUUAGUUUGGUGGAUUACAAUAUAGGCUAAUCAUCAUAUGUCAGGGUGUGAUGACUUGUGUGGGAUUUAUAGUGGGAACUCAGAGUGGUAGGAAUACAGCCAUCAUAUCAUGUUUGUUCACUUCUUCAAUUCAGUUACUUUAUGCAACAUAUAAUCAUUUGUUUAUUCUCCUGGGACUGACAGCAGGCAGGGUGGGGGGACCUGUGUGCCUUUCCUCAGUUUGGUCUGGACUCUGGACUUCAAAUUUAUUUGGAGAAUUGUAGUUUUCAUUUCCAUUUGUUUGAAUCAGGGCUUUCGUGUUAUACAGCUGCAAGGAAGUUUAGGGAAUAGAACUGCCUAUCACUGGUUUACAUCUACUUUUAGUCAUAUUUAAAAAAAAUGCUUUUUAAAAACAACAUUUACAUAAUUUGUAUUUUUAGAACCACCUCCAUAUCAGAACUGCUCUUAUCCGCCUUUACUCGCAUGGAUUUUAUUUCUUUGUGUGGGAUUUAUAUUGGGAAAUCAGGUUUGUAGGGAUAUAGCCAUGUGUGUUUACUUCUUCAAUUCAGUUACUUACAUGCAAUAUACACUCAGUGACCACUUUAUUAGGUAGAGCUGUACACCAGCUUGUUAAUGCAAAUAUUUAAUCAGCCAAUCAAAAUGCAUUGUUCUUGAGAGUGGUCAGAGGAGAAGGGCCAGGCUGGUCAAAUUUGACAGGAAGGUGACAGUAACGCAAAUAAGCAGACAUUACAACAGCCUCUAAGUGGAUCGGCUAUAACAGCAGAAGAACAAAAGGGAGGAAAAGUGAAUGUCCCACUGAAUUGCAUUGCUAAAUGCUAUGCUACUGCAUUUCAUCAUAGAAGGCAGCAGCAACAACUUAAUUUAAGAAAACAAAACAUUCAAUCGCUCUGCAACCACAAAAUCACACGGCUCCGUAUCAUCAGCAAAUGAUUGACAUGCAGCUCUUCAUUACUUGAAAAAAAUAUCUUGGUGACAAGCACGCGGUCAGAUUUGUGUACCAAACACAACAACAAAGAUUAAGUUUAUCCCUGGCUGGCCACUCUCAUGAGAGGCACUAAAACAUUUGGGCCCCUGGGGUUUUUUUCUCCAACUGUGCUUGACAUUGGUUGCAGGCUGCCAUCGAUAGCCGACUGAUUACACAAAUGUAUUCUAUGAUUUUUAAAUCACACGAGUCGGGACGAUAAAUGAAUACAGACACCACUGCCGGUGGCAUUAGGAAGCAUCGGCCCCCCAAACAUCCAUUUUA